AUGGCGGAGUGGCACACGCGCUUAGCGCAACCCACGGCGGGGCACGCUGUUAUAGCAGCGGUAAGACCUGUUCUACAGGAGUGGCUGAGUAGGAGUCACGGCGCCCUCAGCUUCCGGCUAACACAGGUACUUACCGGACACGGUUAUUUCGGGAAGUACCUGUGCCGCAUAGGUCGGGAUCAGACGUCCCAGUGCCGACAUUGUGGUGACUGUCCCAACGAUACGUCACUGCAUACGUUGGCGGAAUGCUCAGCUUGGGCCGAGCAGCGCCGUGAUUUGGUCGCAGCUGUAGGUGUAGCGGGUAACCUCUCUCUCCCGACAGUUGUGCAAGUUAUGGUGGGGAGCGAGUCAGGGUGGUGUGCCGUCGCCACCUUCUGCGAGGCAGUGAUGCGCGCAAAGGAGGUAGCGGAAAGGGAAAGAGAGGUUGCCUCCUUUCUCCCCUCCCGCACUAGACGCACUGCGCGCCGUAGGGUGACCGAUUUCCGGCCACCGUAG